AUGAUGCAAGAACACCGUGGAGAAACCUCUGCUUCAGGUGAGAGCAACUUCCCUUGGAAGAAAUUUUGGGCAGUUAAUACAGUCGCUCCGAAGAUCAAGACAUUCAUGUCGAGAGCUAUUCAUAAAGGCCUAGCUGUUUCACAGAGAAUUGGCAAAUUCGUUGAAGGAGUCUCAUCUACAUGCAGCCUAUGCAAUAACGCUGGAGAGUUUGUAGACCACGUUCUCCUUCAUUGCAACUUCUCCCAAGCCGUCUGGUUUGCGCCUCCUCUUGGUUUUCGCCUACAAGGAAACAGUCAGAUAACCAUUAUUAAUCUUGUGGAAUCUCUAUUCAGAGCUGAUGAUAAUCAAUCCUCUCUUUCUAUAGGAAUGGCAAUCUGCUGGGCCAUUUGGAAAUGCCACAAUGAGAAGGUUUUCAAACACAAGAACAUGAACGUUCAUGAUGCACUGACAAUUGCUCUUUACUGGUACAACCUCUACUACAACUACAAUGGGGAAGAAGAACUAAACGGAUUGGAGAGUGUUACCCAGACUGAUGCUGUCUCAACCAAUGCAAUAUGGACUCCACCAGAUCAACUAAAUAUCAAAAUUAAUGUAGACACUACGUGGAAAGAUGGUGUUUUCGCGUGUGCAGUCGUUGCAAGAGACCAUAAUGGAAACUGUCAUGGUGUUGGUACUACUCUGGGUAGAACAGACUCAGUAGUUUUUGCAGAAGCAUCUGGUUUCCAGCUAGCUGCAGAUUUAGCGUCUUGGUUGAAUCUUAAUAAAAUUAUCAUAGAAGGAGAUAAUCAGAUUGUCGUAAAGAGCUUAAUAGGAGAUCUAAGGAAAGCCCCAUGGAGAAUAUGGAGACUGAAAGACCACAUCAUCCACAAGAUGGCCAUUCUCAACAGCAGCGGUACUUACAGUUUCGUCCCAAAACCUGCUAACAAGGCCGCUCAUUCUUUGGCAGCCUUCGCUCUCACCCACAACAAAAGUGAACCAGCUCCAAUAUUCCGGCUAGCAUUGUUACUCUUAUUGUAA